AUGACUUUCCUGAAAGUGACUGGUAUACUGUAUGUUUUGGAUGAGCUAAAUCCAAGAAACUACCAGAACGUCUUGGCUUUUAUCUUUGCCGUCAAUGAGAUUAACAGAAAUCCCCAUCUUCUGCCCAAUAUCUCACUUGGCUUUCGCAUUGUUGAUGGUUGCUCAUGUGAAGAAAGAGCUGUAACUGGAAUGUUUGAUAUUUUAUCCGGAGGGAACACUCCAGUACCCAAUUUUCACUGCGGUUUCUUACAUAACCUGGCGGCCAUUGUUGAUGGUAUCUCCUCCAAAGUGACAAUCCUAUUGGCCCAAUUGCUUGGAAUCAGUAAAAUCCCACAGAUAAGCUACUCCACUUUGGACCCAGUACUAAGUGAUAAAGUUCGCUUUCCUUCUUUCUACCGAACGGUACCUAGUGAUAUAAUGCAGUACUUGGCCAUUGUUCAACUAGUUAAAUAUUUUUCCUGGUCGUGGGUUGGAAUCUUGGUUUCAGAUGAUGAGUCGGGCUUAAAGAUGAGCCAGCUUAAUAAAUAUAUGAAACAAGUGCGCUUUACAAACACUGCGGGGGCUAAAGUGUAUUUUGAUGAACACGGAGAUAUGCCGUUAGAGUUUGACAUCUUGAACUGGAUUGUCUACCCCAAUGAGACUCUUAAUGGCAUCAUUGUUGGAAGUUUUGCCUAUCAAAAUGGUUUCUUUAACUUGAAAAUGAAUGAGAGUUUAAUAAGGUGGAGCACAGCCUUUAAUCAGACUCCACAGUCAGCCUGCAGUGAAACCUGCACUACUGGAUACAGAAAGACUCCCAAAGCAGGUUAUCCAGCCUGUUGCUAUGACUGUAUCCCCUGCCCAGAGGGUGCGAUAUCCAACCAGACAGAUAUGGAAUUAUGUUUCCAGUGUCAAGAAAACCAAUGGCCCAAUACCAAAGGAAAUGCAUGUGUAUUUAAAGAAAUUAUUUACCUGUCAUAUGGUGAGCCACUGGGCAUGUCUCUGGCAUUGAUUUCAAUACUAUUCUUUCUUUUGACUUCUUUAACUUUGCUGAUUUUUACUAUAUACAGAAGCACAGCUAUUGUGAAAGCCAACAAUCGAGAUCUUAGCUACCUACUCCUCCUCUCCCUAAAGACCUGCUUUCUCUGCAACUUUAUUUUCAUGGGCCAUCCCAUCCAUAUGACCUGCAUUCUCAGACAAACAGUCUUUGGAGUCACCUUCUCCAUUUCUCUCUCUACCAUUUUGGCCAAGACUGUGACUGUUAUCAUUGCAUUCCAUGCUACCAAGCCAAGAACAAGACUAAGGACCUUUCUGGGACCCUAUGUUGCAUAUUUUAUUGUAAUAUUUUGUUCACUUAUUCAAGUUUUAAUAUCUGCCAGCUGGUUGGGAACCUACCCCCCUUUUCCACAAUAUAACAUGGUAGAUGAAGUUGGUAAGAUAAUAGCUGAAUGUAAUGAAGGAUCAAAGUUGGGAUUUUAUUCUGUCCUUGGGUUCAUGGGGCUUUUAGCCUGUAUCAGUUUUAUCAUUGCUUUCUUUGCUAGGAACUUGCCUGAUAAUUUCAACGAAGCCAAGUUAAUCACCUUCAGCAUGUUGGUUUUCUGCAGCGUGUGGGUCUCUUUUAUUCCAGCCUACAUGAGCACUAAAGGGAAAUAUGUUGUGGCAACAGAAAUAUUUGCAAUCAUUGCUUCAAGUAUGGCUUUAUUGGUCUGUAUAUUUAUUCCCAAGUGCUAUAUUAUACUUUUAAGACCUGAACGUAACACUAAAGUAUGUAUAAGAAAUUAG